AUGGAUGAUAAUAACAGUCCCAAGAAGAACACCCAAAGUUCUCCUCUUCUUUCAGAAGGAAACCAAGAACUGUGUCUUCAUUCUUUCAAUGAGAAAACUGCCCCUCUUUCUGGGUUUUUGCAGAGAGAAAAGAAAGAAUGUUCCUUUGGAGUCAAUGCCAUUGAAGCUGUCAACAAAAGGAUCAUCAAAGGAAAAGCCUUGGAUUCUCAAACUGCAAUGGACUCCGAAAAGAAACCACCCUUGAUUGAUCUUGAAGUUGGGAGAUUUUUCAUUGCCAAAGAUCUUGAUUUUCCUGUCAGGCUGCCUCUAAAGAUUGAAGUCGUCGACGAUACAGCUUUGAUCGGAUCAUUCCCACUCGCCAUAACUGGAAACGGCAGUGUAAAAUAUGAGAAGAAGAAGAAGAAGAAGAAGAAGGGGAAACUUGAAGUUGAUGAGAAGAAAGCUAAAAGGUCAAGAAGGAAGGGAAGGGUUGCAAGAAAGGUUUUAGGAGAAGCUGUGAGAUCCAUGGAUUCAACAAAGAUAAUGUACUCGAGGAAAGAGUUGCAGCAUUUGAGAUUUGCUAAUAUUGAGGAACAAUAUACUUUGUGGAAGGAUAUCUAUGGUGGUCUUGCCAUUGAUGUGAUCAAGGAGUAUGAAGAUUUGGCUACCUGCAAGCCACAGAAGAACAUUGCAAAGUUUGGUUUGGUUGCUGGAAGAGAAACAAGGAUUGGUGACAACAUCUUUCUACACUGACUGGGCCGGAUUCCGAUCGGCCGAAGGCCUUGUUUGCUGCAAUUCAGCUUGUAAAAUUUCGUUGCUGAUACUGUUAGGCACACUGCACCAGUAUUAAGUUCCUUCCCCUGUAGGAUACUUGUAAAUAGGAUUCUCUUGUUCUAGGAGAAUGCAUGUUCUGAUGUGAUCCGGCAAAGACCCCGUUUGCUCCGAUUGUGACUCGAAAAAUUUCGUUGCAGAUUCUUAGGCAGUUUUUAGUUUCCUGUAUAGGAUGGGUGAAAAUAGGAUUCACGUUCUAGGAGAAUUUGUGUUGGUAAUAUGCAGGGUUUCAUAUGGUACAUUCUUUGCAAC